AUGCUGGGCGUGUCCAUGAUCAUCCCGUCGCUGCCGCAGUACGUCAAGUCCAUGGACGGCGGCGCGCUCGUGUUCGGGCUGCUCAUGUCGCUCUACGGCUUCAUCCAGUUCUUCGCGGCCCCCAUCGUGGGCAGCCUGAGCGACCACUACGGCCGCAAGCGCGUGCUGCUCGCGUGCUUCCAUACGCUCGACAUCAUCAAGGUGGCCGCCACGGACGCGGAGAGCGCCGACAAGCGCUCGGCCGCUAUCGGCCGACUCAAUGCGGCCGCCAACGCCGGCUUCAUCAUCGGCCCCAUGGUCGGCGGCUACGUGAGCUCCGUGCCCAACGGAUUCAACUACACGGCGCUGCUGACCACGGCGCUGUUUGGCGUCAACUACGGCCUCACGACGAACCGCCACCACCACGUGGACUGGAAGCUCUUGCUGCACAACGCGUGGACGAAGCUGCUGGGCUUCCGCAGCAUCGUCAACGAGUCCAAGCCGGCGCAGACGCUGCUGGUGGCGAGGCUGCUGCUGUCCAUGGCGGCCAUUUUGUAUCGCACGCACUUCUCCGUGCUGCUGGAGGACAAAUUCGGCAUGGAUUCACGGGACCGCGGGUUUGUGCUGAGCUACAUGGGGCUGCUGGGAUUCUUCGGCAGCUUCUCCGUGGGGUUCGUGACCAAGUUCAUGAAGUCGGAGAGGCUGGUGCUGCAGCUGUCGGCUAUCGUCUACGUGAUGACCUUCUUUGCGCUCUCGAGCGCCACCGGGGUCAGCACCGUGUACAUUACGCUCGUGCCGCAAGUCAUUUCCAUCAGCAUCAUUCGCGCGAGCUCCGUGGCGCUGCAGACUACCUUUGUUUCGCAGGAGCACGUCGGCGCCUUCAUGGGCAUCUCCUCGUCCCUAACGUCCAUCUCCAGAACUGUCGGGCCCAUUCUGUCGGGGUGGACGUACAUCGCCUCGAUCGAUGGGCCAGCGUAUGGCGCCGCUUGUCUCGCUACAGUCAGUGCCGCUCUGUUUUGCUUCUCCCCGCACUUCGCGGAAGUGGGCGAUUCGCACGCAGCUGAUGCUGAAGGCAAGAGCAGCAGGCGGCUGGCCAAGAAGAAGGCUGUUGAUUAG